CUCACAGCAUACAUACAGGACCGGAAGACCAGUCCAACAUCACAUCUUAUGACUGUUUUAGGGGAAAUACUCAACGAAGCGUUGUUCACGGAGUGUUUCACAUGUGGAAAUAGUCAAUGCAAGUAGCGAGAUGUCCGACAGAUGAACUGUCUCUCACUAACUGUGUGGUUGCAAGUGAAAAGGACUUCAAGUCUGGACAGCAUUUGAUGAUUAAAACUAUGCCGACUCAGAAGUUUGUAUUCACGGUGAAAACCCAUUCAAGCGUGGUUCCUGGAACCAUUGCCUUCAGUCUACCUCAGAGGAAAUGGGCUGGACUCUCACUUAACCAGGAGGUAGACGUCAGUGUGUAUAACUUUGACCCGUCGAGUCAGUAUGUAGGAACCAUGACGUUAGAGAUUGACUUCCUGCAGAAGAAAAGCGUCGACAGCAACCCUUACGACUCGGAUAAAAUGGCCAUCGAAUUUAUCCAGUUUUUCAACGUGCAGGCCUUCAGCCAGGGCCAGCAGUUUGUCUUCAGCUACUGUGACAAGCUCUUUGGGUUGAUUAUAAAAGACAUUGAGGCCAUGGAUCCCAGCAUCCUCAGGGGCGAGCAAAGCUCUACUAAAAAACAUAAGAUUGCGAUCGGUCUGUUGCACGGCAACAGUCAGGUGAUUUUUGAAAAGGCUGAAAGCUCAUCUAUCAAUUUGAUUGGAAAAGCAAAGACUAGAGGUUCUCGCCAGUCCAUCAUUAACCCCGAUUGGAACUUUGAGCGUAUGGGCAUUGGAGGGCUGGACAAGGAGUUUUCAGACAUCUUCCGCCGGGCCUUUGCUUCUAGAGUCUUUCCUCCUGAUAUAGUUGAGCAGAUGGGCUGUAAACACGUGAAGGGAGUCUUGUUGUUUGGGCCGCCCGGCUGUGGUAAAACCCUUAUGGCGCGUCAGAUCGGUAAGAUGCUGAAUGCCAGAGAGCCCAAGGUGGUCAACGGGCCAGAGGUCCUGAACAAAUAUGUGGGCGAGUCAGAGGCCAACAUCAGAAAGCUGUUCGCGGAUGCUGAGGAGGAACAGAAAAGGUUGGGGGCUAACAGCGGACUGCACAUCAUAAUUUUUGAUGAGAUCGAUGCUAUUUGCAAGCAACGUGGCAGCAUGGCGGGCAGCACGGGGGUCCAUGACACUGUAGUCAACCAGCUCCUGUCCAAGAUUGAUGGUGUAGAGCAGCUUAACAACAUCUUGGUCAUUGGGAUGACCAACAGGCCUGACCUGAUCGACGAAGCACUCUUGAGGCCGGGUAGACUGGAGGUCAAAAUGGAGAUCGGCCUGCCUGAUGAGACUGGCCGCGUUCAGAUCCUCAACAUCCACACGGCGAAGAUGAAGCAGUCGGACAAGCUGGCCAAAGAUGUCGACAUCAAGGAGCUGGCUGUCGAGACCAAGAACUACAGCGGCGCUGAGCUGGAAGGUCUGGUUCGGGCUGCCCAGUCGACUGCUAUGAACCGCCACAUCAAGGCCAGCACUCGGGUGGAGGUGGACACGGAAAAAGCUCACAGUCUCCUGGUUACAAGAAGUGACUUCUUGACCUCCUUGAACAAUGAUAUUAAACCUGCCUUUGGUACAAAUCAGGAGGAUUACUCCAGUUACAUCAUGAACGGCAUUGUGAAAUGGAGCAACGCUGUGUCUGAUAUACUAGGAGAUGGAGAACUGCUGGUGCAACAGACUAAGAACAGUGAACGGACACCGCUCGUAACUGUGCUCCUGGAGGGGCCGCCACACAGUGGUAAGACCGCGCUGGCAGCCAAGAUAGCAGAAGACUCCCAGUUCCCCUUCAUCAAGAUCUGCUCGCCAGACAAAAUGAUCGGCUUUUCCGAGAACGCCAAGUGUCAGGCCAUCAAGAAGAUAUUUGAGGACGCCUACAAGUCCCAGCUGAGCUGCGUGGUGGUGGACGAUAUAGAACGUCUAUUGGAUUUUGUUCCGAUCGGUCCACGUUUCUCUAACCUGGUGCUGCAGGCUCUGCUGGUGUUAUUAAAGAAACCUCCUCCUCGGGGUCGUAAGUUUUUGAUUCUCGGCACUACCAGCAGGAAAGAUGUUCUGCAGGAGAUGGGCAUGUUGGAUUCUUUCAGCACUACCAUUCACAUCCCCAACAUCUCUAGUGGAGAGCAUCUCAUGGAGGCCCUGGAGCUUCUCGGGGGCUUUCAGGACAAAGAACGAGCAACUAUCGCACGAAUGGUGAAAGGAAAGGCCGUGUGGCUGGGCAUCAAGAAGCUUCAGAUGCUCAUUGAGAUGUCACUUCAGAUGCCUCUUGAAUACAGAGUUAACAAGUUCUUGGCACUACUGAGAGAAGAAGGAGCAUUUGUUUCUGAUAAACAUGUGGCCAUAUAGUCUCGCUGCGUGGGAGGUUUGCCUGAACCAGGGAUAUUAUGAAACAGUUUCAAAGAUGUCUGGAUAACUAUGUGUACACUUGAGCGACAGAGAGAAAGCACGAACCUACAGCAUCUUUCUUUCCCUCGCUUUGCCUCUUUUGUAUUGUGUCCUGCAUGUUUCUAUGGCUACAAAAUGAUACUGUUUAACACUAGUUUCUUAAUUCCUCAGUAGAAAAGUGUCCAAGGUGUCAUUUUUGUAUAGCAUCUCAGGUUUGUUGAACAAUAUGAGGACCUGUGUAAGAAAUACUACAUGCAUGUAUAUGAAGACCUAAUAGGGUGUUUUCUCUCUAUAUAUAUGUGUGUAUCAUAUUUAAAUUAUUUUACAUAAGCCAUUCCUGUCAAUGAUGCCUUAGUCUUGAAAUCCUUUAAAUUGCUGAUUUUUGUCUGACCAAAUCCUCUGCUUGUUUUUCUCUUUGUCAGUGUUGACUUAUUUUACAAACACAUGUGCCUGCCAAUAAUAAUCGUGUAAUGCUCACUGUUGAGCCUUUACAUGGCAGUAUAUCAUAUAAUUAUUUUUUUACUUUUAUGGUUUUCUGAAGGUUUUUCUGACUCCUAGAGCCCUUUUUUUUAUAAAAAAGAAAUGUCCAUCCUUCCAUGUGAAGAACACAAAGGCCUUAUCCUAACGAGAGAGGGUUUCAUGUUUUGGUUAGAUGCUAACAAAAGGAACAAGCAUUGAAAUAACAAUGGCCUUAAGCAUUGUAAGGAGGGAGUAAACCCCUGACCUUUCUCCCCUCUGCCAGUCUGCCCACCGUGCCAGGAUGAUUCACAUUGGCCUUAAAUUCAUAUUUCUUUGUUAUUUUUCACACUCGCACAAACUGUCGUGUCAUUGUAAAACAUUUGGAGUAUAAAAUUCUCCAAAUGCAUGUGUUUCAUGCCAUGUACAGAAAUUAAUUAAUACAAACAUUUUAUUCGUCUGAGAAGUAUGAAUUACAUUCAAAGAUUCCCUAAUUAAAAUGAAAUUAUGAGAUUUCAAUAAAGGG